AUGUAUUGGACUAGUGCUGGUGAUACUCCCUACAUUGCUAAAGGCUCCAUGGAUGGGUCAGACUGGGAUAAGCUGAUCACUGAAGAUCUGAUCUACCCCUCUGGCCUCUUUCUGGAUCAGACUACGGAACGCUUGUACUGGGCCGACCCCAAGAAGGGCAGGAUUGCCAGUUCAAAUUGUGAUGGGACAGACAUCCAGGAUGUUCCUUGUGAAGUGGGUGCCGCCCAAAACUUGGUGGUUUUCGAAGACAAACUGAUUUGGACGGAACUUAACACCAGCAGUGUCCUGAUGGUCAAUAAAUUCACUGGGAAGGGACUAAAAACCCUUGUGAAGAUGAUGAAGCAGCCACGGGGGCUCUAUAUUGCUCACCCUGUCCUGUAUAAACCAGAGGAGAGACCAUGUCGUUCUGACAAUCCUGUGUGUAGUGACCUGUGUCUACUCUCACAGACCACCCCAGGGACAGAGCCCAGCUAUAGGUGUGCCUGUCCUGUGGGUAAAAACUUGGCUAUCAACCAGACCGUCUGUGAAGAUAGUCAUAAUAGCCCGUUUCUAAUGGUAGGCCACAUUGACGAAAUUAUUAAAGUUGACCUGAACUACAUCGGUAAAAUUCCUUACAAGACUUUCGCUGUGCCGUCUGCAAAGAAAAUAGUGGCCUUGGACUUUGACCCUGUGAGAGAUGCUGCCGUGUACAGUGACAUGACCCGGGGUGUCAUCGGGGCCAGGAAGCUCUUCACACGGAGCGUACCCAGAGAGGAAGUGAUUGUAGACCAUAUUGCUGGAGAUGUUGAAUCGGUGGUGGUUGAUUGGGUAGCCGGAAAUCUGAUGUGGACGGACUCCACAAAGGGUUCCAUAGAAGUGGCAAGGCUAAACGGUUCGUUUCAUGUUGCUUUGUCAGAGAGUCUGGAUGGAACUCCCACUGCUUUAGCGAUUUAUCCCAAGAACGGGAUGUUGUUUUAUUCGACCAUAGGAGAUAAUGCCGGAAUUUCACAGUGUGACAUGUCUUUGUCUGGGUGUUUGCCAAUCAUCAGUGUAGUGAAGGACUGUCGUGGAAUUGCCGUGGAUGCAGACAGACUCUACUGGACAGACCAGGAACUGAAGCACAUCGGAACAGCAAACCUGGACGGCAGCGACCCUAAAAUUUUAAUUACUGGACUGGAAAGUCCAACAUCGCUAGCUGUUCACGGAGACGUCUUAUUCUGGCUGGACUCUGCAACAGACAUUCUGCACAAGUACUCUCUGUCCGAGGGCAAGGCCCUGUGGAAUGCCCUAACUGGGUGGGACUCCAUGACAGGGCUCUCGCUGGUAGACUGGCAGAAAUACACCACAGUUCAGAAUGGAUGCAGUGUGAAGAACGGGGGCUGUAGCCACCUGUGCUUGGCCCGUGGGGCACAUGGCCGGGCAUGCAAAUGUCCAGAAGGGUUGUCGCUGAAUGAAGAUGAGGCUACUUGUCAAGAUACUACAGAAGAAACCUUGGAAUGUUCUGUGGAGGAGAUGCUCUGUGAUAAAGUACGCUGUGUUGAGCUGAGUAAACUGUGCGACGACAGACUGGACUGUGAGGAUGGCAUGGACGAAAAGAACUGUGAGCGGCCGCAUACCUGCAGCAGUGAAGAGUUCGCGUGUACACACAAUAACAGAGACAUCUGCAUCCCAUUUUCUUGGGUAUGUGACGGAGACAAAGACUGUGACAAUGCCACUGAAGAAGCAAAUUGUGAUAAAAGUUGCUCGACUGACGAGUUCACCUGUGUGAAUAAGGACUGUGUGCCCAAUGAUGUGGUCUGUGAUGAACUAAUAGACUGUGGGGACGGCUCGGAUGAGACCAAUUGUCCUACCAUCCCAGAUCUGAUGCCGGAGGAUCUGUGCAGCAAGUAUGGCAUGUUUCUGUGCGAGUCUGGAACUUGUAUUGAGUCCUCCAAUCUGUGUGACAAAAAACCGGACUGCGAAGAUGGUGAUGAUGAAGAUUGGUUUCGCUGUGGAGGACAGGUGUGUGGCGAAGACGACUUUCUCUGCUCUGAUGGCUUCUGCAUAGAGCAGCGCUACCGCUGUGAUGGAGAGAGGGACUGCAACGACAACUCGGAUGAGGAUCCCGUCCUGUGCAUCAAUGUCACCACAACAACACUGGCUCCUCCCCCUGAGUUUUGCAGUUCUGACAUGUUCCGCUGUGAGUCGGGUCACUGCAUACCGUGGACAUCCAUGUGUGACGGAGCCGAGGACUGUCCGAACGGCUCUGAUGAAGGAGGACUCUGUGAGUCUGCCUGUGUGGAUUCGUCCUGUAACCAUGUCUGUAUGCCUACCCCUACUGGUUCCCUGUGUAGGUGCCAUGAAGGAUUCACCAUGUUGUCUGACAAUGUCACCUGUAUAGAUCAAGAUGAAUGUGCUGUCAGUGUUCCACUUUGUAGUCAGAUGUGUGUUAACACCGAAGGAUCCUUCUCCUGUAGGUGUGCUGAAGGAUACAGCCUGACCAGUGACAACAGAGGCUGUAAGGCCAUGGGUAGGUCAUGGUGUGCUGAAGGAAACAGCCUGACCAGUGACAACAGAGGCUGUAAGGUCAUGGGUAGGUCAUGGUGUGCUGAAGGAAAGGGGCUGACCAGUGACAACAGAGGCUGUAAGGCCAUGGGUAGAUCAUGGUGUGCUGAAGGAAACCGCCUGACCAGUAACAACAGAGGCUGUAAGGCCAUGGGUGGGUCAUGGUGGUCUAUGUGGAGUCAGAUGUGUGUCCACACAGAUGGAUUCUUCUUUUGUAGGUGUGGUGAAGGAAACCGCCUGACCAGUAACAACAGAGGCUGUAAGGCCAUGGAAAGCCGGCCAACUAUCCUUCUUGGUCGUCUGCAUGAAAUUGUGAAUCUGACGGAGAAUGGACAUAGUAUGCAGGAGGUCAUUACCGACAUCAAAGGGGAGGUAACCUCGCUGGACAUUAAUGUGCACACUGGGGAUAUAUACUGGACAAACUCUCUGGGCCGUGUCUUGAUGUUCACAAAGAAGACAAUAGCUGGAAAGUAUCAGAGAUUAGUUGUAUCACAUGCCUCCAGCGUGGCAUAUGAUUGGCUGACGGGGAAUGUCUACAUCACUGAUGUUAAGAGGAUGGUUGUCUGCUCAAGGAACCUAAUCUGGUGUAGAAUUAUUCUUCACUUGUCAGAAGAAAAACAAAGGGGAGUAACUCUGCAUCCCCCGAAAGGGCUGAUGUUCUGGAUUGACGGAUACCUGUCUGUUAGGAAGAGUUGGAUGAAUGGGGAAAAUAUGGAGCAUGUUCUGAAUAGUGGACUGUCUCGCCCUGUCGCACUCGCUAUUGACUACGUACAGAACAGGCUCUACGUCAUCGACAACUUUCAGGGGACUUUGGAGUUUUGUGACUUCAGUGGGGAGAACAGGCAAACCUACAAAGUGCUCAAACAGCCGUUCAGUGUGGAUGUUUUUGAGGACUGGGUGUAUGUGACAGACACUCACUUCAGAGCCCUGAUGAGAGUUCACAAAAAUGGAGUCUUGAAACCUGAGUCGUGCACAGGGGCUUACAUAAACGUACUUCGGUUAAAGUUGUGCACCCGCUACGCCAACCUGAAGGCUCUUGAAGCGCAGGCCCAGUCUCUUGAAGCGCAGGCCCAGGCUCUUAAAGCCCAGGCUCUGGCAGUUGAAGCCCAGGCUCUGGCAGUUGAAGCACAGGCCCAGGCUCUUGAAGCGCAGGCCCAGGCUCUUGAAGCGCUGUCCAUGGCGGUUGAAGCCCAGGCUCUGGCGGUUGAAGCCCAGUCUGGCAGUUAA